AUGCCUCAAAACGAAUAUAUUGAACAACACAUUAAACAGCACGGUCGUCGUCUCGAUCACGAAGAGAAGAAGCGGAAGAAGGAGGCUCGUGAAGGUCAUAGAAUCGCCAAAGAUGCCCAGAGAUUGACCGGUUGGAGAGGUAAACAAUUUGCGGCCAAGCGUCGUAUUGAAAAGAUCGAAAUGAAGAAGAAGAUCAGAGCCCAUGAAGAAAGCAAGGUUAAGGGUCCAUCUAAACCUAAGAUUGACGAAGGUGAAGCGUUACCAGCUUAUUUGUUGGAUCGUCAAGAACAAAACACCGCCAAAGCGAUUUCUUCAUCGAUUAAGCAGAAACGUUUGGAAAAAGCCGAUAAGUUCUCGGUGCCAUUACCUAAGGUGAGAGGUAUCAGUGAAGAAGAAAUGUUCAAAGUGGUGAAGACCGGUAAAAAGACUAAGAAGAAGGCAUGGAAGAGAAUGAUCACCAAACACACAUUUGUCGGGGAAAAUUUCACAAGAAAACCAGCCAAGAUGGAAAGAAUUAUACGACCAAGUGCUCUCAGACAAAAGAAAGCCAAUGUCACUCAUCCAGAAUUGAAGGUCACUGUGUUUUUGCCAAUUUUGGGGGUAAAGAAGAAUCCACAAUCGCCAAUGUACACACAAUUAGGGGUUUUAACUAAGGGGACAAUCAUUGAAGUGAAUGUCAGUGAAUUGGGGUUGGUGACACCAGGGGGUAAAGUUGUCUGGGGUAAAUAUGCGCAAAUCACUAAUGAACCAGAUAGAGAUGGGUGUGUGAAUGCGGUGUUGUUGGUGUAG